AUGGGCUCCGGGGCUUGGCUCCGGCUGCUCCUCGCCCUCGCAGCUCUUUGGGGGACCCGAGCCAGGGAAACGCAGCUGGGGACUCUGGGGGCGCCGACGCUGCUGCAGGUGCCCCAGGAGCUGCGGAAUCGCACCAGGGAGUUCGGGGAAGCCUCCUGGAAGAAGAUCACCGAGGAGCCACUCAAGAAGAAAUUCCUGCUGAAGAUUUCGGGCGGGAACCACACGGAGUUCGAGCCGGGGCGGCUGCGCUUCCACCGGCGGAGCUUUUCCCUGGAAAUCCUCAACACCAGCCGGGACGAUGGGCGGCUCUACGAGUACAGCGUCUACAAGGGCGAGGAGGAGGAAGUCUGGCAGAUCCAGCUGGAAGUGCUCGAGCCGGUGGCCGAUCCCAGCAUCCGCAUCCUGCGCCGGGAAUCCUCCAACGGGAGCUGCUGGCUGGAGCUGAGCUGCUCCUCGGAGCGGGGGGACGAGGUUUCCUACAGCUGGGACAGCCGGGACGGCCGGGCCGGCGGCGCCGGGGGGCUCUGCCGGGCCAACGGCAGCGUCCUGGCGCUCUCGUUCCCGCUGCGGAGCGCGGCCUUCGGCUGCGUCUGCACCGCGCGGAACCGCGUCAGCAGCGCCCGCGCCGCCUUCGACACCGCCCGGUGCGGAGCCCGGCACAGGGGUGUCCCCGGGGUGAGGACAGAGCUCCUGGUGCCUCUGGUGGUGCUCAGUGUCAUCAUCGUCAUCAUCAUCGUCAUGGUCAUCGUGGCUGUUGUCACCCGCAGGGCCACCCGCUCGGCCAAACAUGGCCCAGAGCCCUCCCAGGUCACCCCGGACACCGCCCAGGCCGCUCCGGCCAGCGCCACCAUCUACGCCCAGGUGCAGCGGGUGCAGAAGCCCAAAGGGACCGUCCCCAGCGCCACCCCCGUGUCCUGCACCACCAUCUACGCCGCGGCCACCGGGCCACCCCCGGCCCCCAACGGAGCCCCCCGCUCCCAGCCGGGUCCCCAGCCCCGUGGGGGCGCCCCCGCUGUCCCAGGAGAAGCCCACGAGGAGCAGGGUCAGCCCCUCGGCCACGGCCACGACCAGCGGUCUCCAGUGGUGGAAAUUCCCCGGAAUUACUGGAAAAGAAUCCCAGAAUCCUGGAACCGGGCUGGGGUUUGA